AUGGCAGCAAGAUUUACAUGGACUCAACUGAUGACAUGGGAACGAGAAGCAGUUAGAAGGCGCGUUCCAUUGGAAAUUUCUGGACUUGUAACAAGAGCAGCAGAGCUCCCAAACUAGCUAACUAAUUAUCUAUUAACGUUUAACGUCCACUACGGGGUAGCCGACUCCAGAGCUACCACCAUAUCUGUCCACGUGUCGGGCCCAGAGACCGCUGGAUCGAUCCCCUUCGAUUCUCCAAGGCACGGGCAAAUCAGAGCUCCCAAACAAUAGAUCGAUCCUUGGACCAACAGUGACGUACGAAAGAAAUGGUGAAAAGACUCUUCUUACCCACAGGGCAAGAGCUCGCUGGGGAAUGUGGCUCCUUUUCUUCUUAGGCGGGUACCAGGUUAACAGACUGAUGAAGGUUGGUUGGGACAACGAGCAAGAGCACCAUAACUUUGAAUUUGACAACAUCGUCUAUGACAAGCUCUCAUGUCGCCAAGUUCCAUAUCAUGAAUCCGUGUUUGGAUACCCUUAA